GGAAAGAGCUGGCGGUGCCGGGGCGGGCGCCUCCAGGCCACGAGAUGUUCGCCAUCCAGCCAGGGGUAGCUGAGGGGGGCCAGUUGCUGGGGGGCCCACCUCCUGGAGUAUGCCAGCCCGAGUUUCAUCCAGAUAGCAACUCCAACUUCAUGGCGAGUGCCAAGGACGCCAAUGAGAAUUGGCAUGGGAUGCCAGACCGAGUGGAGCCCAUCCCGAUGAGGAGAUCUUCCGAGUUGCCCUCUGACAACCAGGCCUUCCAGGACCCUGGACUCCCUGAGGGGGAGCUCCGCAGCCCACCAGAGGGAGCAGAGAUCCCCAGAGCUGAGCCUGAGAAGAUAAGUGGUACCGGCACAAUCUGCUCCCCUCUGGAGGACAAUGGCUAUGCCAGCAGCUCCCUAAGCAUUGACAGCCUUAGUAGCAGCCCUGAGCCUUCCUGUGGGACUCCUCACGGCCCUGGGCCUUCAGAUCCCCUUCUGCCCUCGGUAGCCCAGGCUGUGCAGAAGCUGCAGGCUCAAGAGCGCUACAAAGAGCAGGAGAAGGAGAAACACCACAUGCACUUGGUGAUGUACCGCCGCCUGGCCCUGCUCCAGUGGAUCCGAGGCCUGCAGCAUCAGUUGGUUGACCAGCAGGCCCGCCUUCAGGAGAGCUUCGACACCAUCCUAGACAACCGAAAGGAGCUUAUCCGCUGUCUCCAACAUAAGGCAGCACCGUCCAGGCCCUAGGACCAGGAUUAAGAGUGUGCCUCUCUGGGUAUUUGUAUGUAUUUGCAGGCAUGUGUGAGAUUGUGUACAAGUAUAUGAUUAGCUGGUAUGAGUGCAGGUAAGCUUAAGUGAGUAUGUAUGUGCUAACAUGUGCCAGGCAUCAGCUUAUGUGUGCUGUAUAUAUACACAGCCUUAAUUAUGUGCAGGCCUGUGUGAGUGUGUCCAUCUAUAUAUGUAUGGUAUGUAUGUAAGAGAGUAAUAACAUUUUGGUUAGCUUACUUUAUUGUAAGAAUACAGUGUAUAACUCAUAUAACAUACAAAAUAGGUGUUAAUCGACUAUUUAUGUUAUCCAUAAGGCUUCCGGUCAGCAGCAGACUAUUAGUAGUUAAGUUUUUGGAGAGUCAAAAGUUCUACAUGGAUUUUCGACUCUUUCAGGGAUCGACACUCCUAAAACCUUUGUUGCUCAUGGGUCAACUGUACAUACAAAAGAAGUGUGUGCCAAUGAGUAGGCUUGAAUGUUGAGGCUUGUGGUGGGUGUAUGUGAGUGAGCUCUUGUCUGUGUAGGCCUAUAAAUAGGGGUACAUGUGUGCUGGUGAGGCCUGGGAAGUGUAUAUUAGGAACAUGUAUUUGCAGGCAGACUCCUGAGCAAGGGUAUGCAAAUAUAUAUUCAGUUGCACAUGUGGGGCAUCCGUCCACACCCUAUGUUACCCAUGACCUGCUGUAGCUUUUUUUCUCCACAGGGCCCCACUGCUCCCUGGAAAGAGGGUCUCUUGGGGUUUCCCAGGCCACCCCUCCUUCCCCUUCCCCUCACUCUUCCUAGAUUUUGCUCUGCUAAGGCUGUUGUCCCUGACCAUGGAUUUGCUGUAGAUGGUAGCCGCUUUGGCCUGUCAAGGCUUUUUGGCUGCAAUUUUGCCAGAGCAGUUGGUAGAGAAUUAGGCAGGGGAGCUGGGGGUGGUGAUUGACACGAUGGCAGGAAUGGGGGUGGCAUCAGAGAAGAAGACAGGGACUGUCUCUCUUGAACACUGCCUCCCAGCAUGUGGGAGAUGGGGAUGUGGAGAUGAUCACGGUAGAACCCUGUGAAAAAUAGGAGUUGGGGAAUUCUUAAAUGCCAGUUCCAAACAAACCACAAACCAGCUCCUCUCCACUGCAAAGGAGCUGUUACAGACCAUACUGAUUUAAGCUUCUGAUGAAAAGAAAUGUGUCCUAAUAAGCUUGCAAGGAAUGGACAAGGUGUUCCCAGGCUGUUGGGUAAAAUCUCGCUUCUGUCUCUGUGCCUCUACUUGCUGUGCCUCUCUGGAUUUAGCAGCACUGGAUGUUGAAUUAGUUUGGUUCCUUUCCCUGAAAUCAGACUGCCUGUGCCAGGAGGAACCACAGUUCUUUCAAGAGUGGGCAGGGGGCAGGGUCAGCCCUACCCCUGUAAACUCUUAGGAUGCUGAGUCAUACCCCCUUUCAUCACUGAAUGGCCCUCUAAAUGGGAGUUGACAGGCUCCAGCAGAAGCUCUGUGAGGUGGAGAGCUGGUAAAUUCUGGAGAGAGCCAAAGACUAAGGUAGCCAAGCUCUCGGUUUUGCUUCUGGGAGCCAAGAGGUUGCAAGAUCCUAAAUGGGUGAGCAGUGGCAUGGAGGUCACUGAUCCUACCUCUGGCUCUCAGUCUUCCUAUCUGUAAAACGUGGGAGCUCUUUCCAUCUCUAGGUGGGUGGGUGGGUGAAAGCAAUGGGAAGUGAGGCUGAGACAGUGACCCUGGGGACUUGUGUCUAGCUCUUGCAUGUUGAGUCUGAACCAAGAUGAAUAAACUGGAGCAGAGAAAUGCA